CUUCACAAUCAGAGUCCAUCCUGAAUUCCUCUCUAUAGAAAAAAGGAAAACAAUCCUUGUUAAUGAUGGCACAGAUGCAACAACAAGUCUAAACUUCACCCAAACAUCACGUCUGGACACUAAAAUUCCGACAGUUCCUGUAGAAGACAGACGCAUACAAAACAGAGGUAAAGGGGUUACUCUACCUGUACAGCAGGUGCCAUGUCGUCCCUGAGGCUUGUGCUUGUGGGAAUGACGGGAGCUGGGAAAACCUCGACUGGAAACACCAUCCUGGGAAAAAAAGAAUUUAAAGCAGGUUUUAGUUCCAAUAUUGUAAUUACUGAAUGUCAGAAAGGAGAAGCAAUAGUGAAUGGUAGGACAGUCACAGUGGUUGACACACCAGGCGUGCCUGAUUUUACGGUUUCUAUGGAGGAUGCAAAAGACAGGGUAGCAGAAUGUUUCCCAAUGAGCGCCCCAGGACCACAUGCAUUCCUGCUGGUGAUAAAAUUGGGCAGGUUCACAUCAGAGGAGAAACGAGCAGCAGACGUGAUUAGAGAAGUGUUUGGUGAGGCUGCUUUAAAACAUACUAUAGUCCUCUUUACCCAUGGAGACAAACUGGAGGACCCUGAUGAUAUAAAGACCUUAUUAUUAGGCUGUGGGGAGCUCACAUGUCUUCUUGAUGAAGUAAACUGGAGAUAUCAUGUUUUUGAUAAUAAAAGGAAUGAUCGUACUCAAGUAAUUGAACUCUUGAGUAAGAUUGAUAAAAUGGUGGGUGUGAGAGGACAGUACUACACCAGUGAGCUGUUCCAGGUGGCAGAAGAGAAGAGAAAAGAGAAACAGGAGGAGGAGCGCUUGAGGAGAGAAGAGGCUGAACUCAGACAAGAGUGGUAUGAGAAACCAGAACUGAGGAUGUUACUGAUGGGGAAGACUACGGAAAGUAACAGGACUGCAAGAGAAAUCAUCCUGGAAGAGAGAUGUCAGUAUUCAGGUACAGACGGAUGUCAAAAAACAACCGGAGAAGUCCAUGGGAGGACAGUAAGUGUGGUUGAAACUCCAGGACUCUCUGAUAUGCGCAGAAUGAAGUCAGAGAAGGCCAGGCAUGAAAUCCUGUUGUGCAUCAGCCAUACUUCACCAGGACCUCAUGCCUUUGUCAUUGUAGAAAGGUCUCAAGAGGACAGUGCAGAGAGGAAGGACAUAUUGAAGCUGAUCAAAGAUGUGUUCGGUGACCAGGCCUUGAAGUAUGUAAUGUUACUGGCCAUUGAAAGUAGUAAGACACCUGUACACAGUUUUGAUCAUGAAUACAGUCAUUUCACUGAGCAUUCCCCUCUUCUAGAACAUCAUGCCAGCAAAGCUCCAUAUGAGCAUAAACAUCUACCUGCACAUACAUUUGAGGAGCCAAGGAACAUCAAGCAAGUCACAUCACUGCUACAGAAGAUAGACAGAAUGGUGGAGAGAAAUGGUGGAAGCUUCUUCACUUGUGAGAUGUAUUUUAUGGCUGAGAGAGCCAUCAUAGAAGCACAAAAUAAAAUCCUGAAGAAUAGAAAGUUAGAGAUAAUCAAAAACAAACAUGAUGUUAAGUUGUGGGGUAAAGGUAGAUUUGAGAACAGGUUGGAAUUGAAAAAGGAGGAUAUAAAUGCCAGAAAGCUGGCAGAAAAAAAUAAUUUAUUUAUAAGUACUUCUAAUAUUUCAAUUUUGACUGUAGUGGGAGGUACAAUAGGAGCUGCAGUGGGGGGCGUAGCAGGAGCUGCAGUGGGGGGCGUAGCAGGAGCUGUAGUGGGGGGCGUAGCAGGAGCUGCAGUGGGGGGCGUAGCAGGAGCUGCAGUGGGGGGCGUAGAAGAAGCUGCAGUGGGGGACGUAGCAGGAGCUGUAUUGGGGUGCGUAGCAGGAGCUGCAGUGGGGGGCGUAGCAGGAGCUGCAGUGGGGGGCGUAGCAGGAGCUGCAGUGGGGGCCGUAGCAGGAGCUGCAGUGGGGGGCGUAGCAGGAGCUGUAGUGGGGGGCGUAGAAGAAGCUGCAGUGGGGGACGUAGCAGGAGCUGUAUUGGGGUGCGUAGCAGGAGCUGCAGUGGGGGGCGUAGCAGGAGCUGCAGUGGGGGGCGUAGCAGGAGCUGCAGUGAAUGAGGCUUACUAGGAGCAGGUAUAGCAGGUAUGGUGAGAGCAAUAACGGGUAGCGGUAGGAUUAUCAUCUAAGGAAAGCAUUCAAAAUACAGAGAGAAAACAGAAAUGAUUUGUACAGCUUCUGCUUUAAGACCUUUAUUCAAUCAACAAAAUCAAAACCAUCGUAACUUUUGAUUUAAGGGAUUAUGUUUGAUUUGAAGGGAGGGGGGAAGAAACGAAAGCGAAGUCAUGUGGGAAAUCUUUAUUAGGAUCUUAGACAGCAGGUUUUACAUGGCAGAAUGUUGUACAUUAGUUUAAAAUGACAAUACAAUUACCCGAUCCAUACAAAUAUUUCUACACAAGGUUCUGAGAUAUAUGGGAUCCCGUUCCAGCAGACUGCAGUCUGCAGUCAAUACUGAAUUUCAUGUACCCUAUACGUUUUUGGUGAUGAGUUACUGUGGUUGGGGUAGGUUUAUCUCAUUAUGUUCAUAAUGAGUCCUUAGCAACAGACCGUUCAGUCAGAUAUGAUAUUGUAGCAGAAUUGACCUGCAAUUAAAUAGGAGUCAGUGUAGCAUGUAAAGACAGGUGACCUACUGACAGAAAGUCUGAUCCAGAUCAAGUCUGAUAAACUGUAAAUAGCAUGGCUGUUAAGCAGAGAAAAUAGCCAACAUUGCAACCUAUGUAACUGCAGCUAGCUUGCAACAAUUAUUGCUAGCUUUUACUUUUAAGCAAAAUUAGAUGAACAUAUUGUAUAUGAUGCCAUACUUGCCUAAUUCCAGCUUACUGUCUGAUCUUUAAGAAUUUUUAUCUUCUAUUACAUUGUACUAUGACAGGAUUGUCAUUUGUGGCGAUUUUGAUAUCCACAUUGAUAACUCUUCUAAUGGCUUUGCCAGUAAAUGUGUACAUAUUAUAGAAUAUUUUCAUUUUAAAUGAAACCAAAAGGUGGGACCAUAUUUCCACUUUUUUAGCCACUCUUCAUUGGAUGCUGUAUUGUUUUAGAAUUGAUUAAAACAUUUUACUCAUUGCUUUUAAAGCACUACAUGGUCUGGCCCCUAGCUAUAUCUCUGACCUUGUAACCCCAUAUAUACCGAUGUGCAGUCUGGUGCUCAGGAAGAGCCCUCUUGGCUGUUCUGUAAUCUUGAAAAAGAGGCCUAAGGGUUAACAGGCUUUUGCUGUUAGAACCCCCAUGCUCCAGAACAGCCAGCUUGAGGAUAUCAGACUGGCAAACUCUGUGUCCUCUUUUAAAUCGCCUCUUAAAAUGUACUUUUAUCGGAAAGUAUUCAUUUAGUGUUUGACUCAUUUAUUUUUCGUUCUUGUUUCAUGCUGUUUAUAGAUCACUUUUAAUUUUCUUUUGAUAUUAAUUUCUCUUUUUUAUUUCUAUUAUAUUAUCUGAUUAUUAUUUUUAUUUUAUAAAUCUGUCUUCAAAAGUGCUAUACAAAAACAUCAUUAUUAUUAGAUUUGCUAGACAGUUGUCUAAUGCCUAGCUAGCUGGCGAACAGCAGCAUAUUUCUAGCUUACUAUUUAGCUUUCUAGCUAAACAUCAGUUCAUAGUUGAUGUUGUUAUUAUGAUGCAAAAGGCUACUAUGUAUAUGCUGAUACAAAAAAAAUAAAUAUGCAUUAUUCUUAA